AUGGCGCGGUGGACGCCCGGGCCUUUCGACGGCGUCGACUCGGGAAACGCCGCGGGCGGGUCGCCGGGCACGCCGCCCCACGACGACGAGCCCCCGCCGCCGCCGCUCGCGCCCGAGGAUGCGCGCAAGCUCGAGCUCGCGGCGGCCAUCUUCGGGGAGAGCGGGCUUGAGGUUGACCUCGACGCGCUGGGACGCGGGAAAGAAGCCGCGACGGCGGCUCGCGUCUUGACCGACUCGGAGUUUGACGAUUCGUCGGAGGAGGACUCCGAUUACGAGCCCGGUGAAGAGUCCGAAUCGGAGUCCGACAUGUCAUCCGACGUGUCGUCCGACGCGUCAUCCGACGCGUCCGACGCGUCCGAAGACGACGAGGCGUCGGAUCGGUUCAACCCCAGUCCCGCGACGAUGGCGCACCCGGGAACGCCGCCCGCGAUGAGCUACGCGUCGGGUCCGAGCAUGGGGCACCCGAUGCAUCCGAUGAUGAUGCCGAUGGCGCCGCCGAUGUUGGCGCCGAUGGCGGGCUCCGUCGCGGGUGGUUCCCCCGGCGUACCCGGCGGUCGAAGCCCCGCGGGGUCCAACGCGACGGGGGGCUCGCCGAUGAAUGAUACCUCCUCGGCGCUCCAGCAGCAGCAGCAGCAGCAGCAGAUGGCGAUGAUGUACCAGCAGUUUCAGCAGUUCCAGCAGUACCAGGCGUUUUCACAGAUGAUGCAGCAGCAGCAGGCGAUGAUGCUGGGCUGGGCCGGUCAGCAGCAGGCGCAGGCGCCGCCGCAGGGCACAGUCUUCGGCGGCGUCAGGGCGAGUUUCAACGGGAGCGUCUCCGAGGGGGGGAGCUUCGGUACCUUUGGCUCGGGCGCGCCGUCGGCCUCGGUCGACGGCGGCGUCGCGGCGGAUGAGGCGGCUAACAGGAGGAGGGUGUCGAAGCGCGAGGCGAAGGACGCCAAGCGCGCGGCGAGGGCGGCCAGAAGAGCCGCCGAGGGGGCGGAGAUGUCGCGGCUGGUGAAGGAACGUGCGCUCCGAGAGCUCCGCGCGCAGCUGCAGCAGCCCGCGCAGGCCGCCGCCCUCACGGCGUGAUCGCGACGCCGUUCACGUCUAGUAGAACCCGUAUUUUAUAAUCACACACCCCGCGCGUUCUCUGCGCGUCGGACUAUAUGAUACCGUCGCUUUAUUAACGUGCCGAGUCACCUAGCUGCGCUUUA